AAAUUCAAAAUGAAGAAUGUCAGUUUUUAUUUAUAACUUCUGUGAUUGAUUAGCUGAUGGAGGCUUUUCAUCGAGGUUGAUUCUGAAUAUUUUUUACGUAAGCCAAACAAACUUCUUCAGCCAUUAUUUUUAAUGGAUGCUGACUUCAACUUGUAUUUUGACAUCCACUGACAUCCUCUAAUUAGAGUCAAGAUGAUUUGGCUAUGGUGCAACAGAGUACAGGGAGUUCAACAUACCUUUGGAUUAUUGUUCAGAAAAAGUUGUGCCUCCAAGAAAACCCUUCCUGUGCUGACCCUGUUCACAAAGGAUCUAUGUCCUCUUUGUGAUGAAGCAAAAGAAGUCCUCAAGCCAUUAAAAAACAGGUUUAUUUUGCACGAGGUGGACAUCACUCUUCCAGAGAAUUCAGCGUGGUAUGAUAGGUACAAGUUUGAUAUACCUGUCUUUCAUUUGAAUGGUCAGUUUCUGAUGAUGCACAGAGUAAAUCUCUCAAAGCUUGAAAAACAGCUCAAGAAACUUGAACAACAAAAUAACUGAAGUUGACUCAUAUUAAGAUGGUUUUUCCACUAAUGUAAAAUACUUCAAGAAUGUUACCAGGAUUACCUUCUAGGAGUGAAAUGUUCAAGCCUGGCCCCAAAGAAGAGAUAAGACAACUCCUCCCACAGCUUUGUAGAAAUGGAGGACUAUGGAUGUGUAAAACUACAUAUAAUUAUAGACUUUUUUGAUAUGUUGUUUA